UUCCUUUCCGAACCUCCUCUCUCAAUUUUUGCAGAAACCCACAAACCCUAAAACUCUCUCUCUCUCUCUCUCUCAGAAACACACACUCACACACCAGCUCUCUCUCUCUCUCUGUAUUCAUGUACAUUUAUACGUAUGUGAGCCCUUUCUCGCUAAUUUUAAGCUUUUCAUGUCUCCUAGAAACGACGACGUCUGGCACUGUCUUCUUGUCCGAGAACAAACCCUAGACUUCGUCUUACUGUCUUCUCCGAAACGGCUCCGAUUCGAGCUUAAUGGGUCAAGCUGUGACUUUUGUCUGAGCUUCUUGACCUGCUCACAUUGCCAAUAUGACUGAUCGCCAGGUGUUUAAUUUUGGAUCAUUCACUGAAGAGGAGAUCAAAUCCUUGCAAAAACAGCCUGCAAAAAAUACUAUAGACAUUACAUUUGGUUCUUUGGAUGCUGCAACUUUACGAUCUGUUGGCAUUUUCAACACUCAGCUGACAGAGCCUGAUUGCUCUAAGGAAUUACCCUCAGUGAAGUUAGUUUCUAAACAAAAUGAUGAAAAGCCUCUUUGCAUUGUGGAAAAUCCUACAAGGUCAGGUCCCAUAAAUGCGGAGGCAAAUGGAAACACCUCCAAAGUAAAUUCUGGCCAAUACAUUAGUGCAGGAUACUCGAAACCGAGUCAAGGAGAGGAAGCUUUUAGUUCUGAAAGUAUAUCAAAUUUGUCUAACCAUUCAAAUUUGAAGCAGCAUGUCCGGGGGAAUGCAACUCCGUUGUCUACCUCUUCAUUAUCAGGAGGGGAUGAGCAACCGGGUUCCAAGGGUAAUGUUAACGGGGUUUCAAAUGGACCUGCUGUAGCUGCUAGGCAAUUGCUACCUCGAGGAUUAAUCAAUCUGGGGAAUCUAUGCUUCUUGAAUGCAACUCUCCAGGCACUUCUGUCAUGUUCUCCAUUUGUUCAACUAUUGCAGGAGCUAAGAUGUCGUGAUAUACCUGAGAUUGGUUACCCGGCAUUACGUGCAUUUGUUGAGUUUAUCUCUGACUUUGACAUACCUCCUAAUUCAAGCACAAGAAGAGAGUUGGAGGUUUUGGAAGCUGGUCAGCCUUUUCGCCCUCUCAUGUUUGAGUCCAUCUUAAAAGUGUUCACUCCAGACAUUCCUAAUUGUCUUUCAGGCAGACCAAGGCAAGAAGAUGCUCAAGAGUUUCUUAGUUUUGUCAUGCAUCAGAUGCAUGAUGAAUUACUAAAACUUGAUGGACUAGUUUCAAAUGGCGAUGGUUUAAACACUUCUUUGGUAUCAUCUGUUGAGGAGGAUAAUGAUGAUGAUCACUGGGAGACAGUUGGCCGAAAGAACAAAACUGCAAUUACAAGAACACAGAGCUUUGUUCCAUCAAAAUUAAGCGCUAUUUUUGGAGGUCAACUCCAAAGUGUUGUGAAGGCAAGAGGUAGUAAGGCAUCAGCUACUAUACAACCAUUUCUUUUACUCCACCUUAAUAUCUGUCCAGAUCCUGUCUGUACCAUACAAGAUGCACUAAAAUUGUUUUCUGCUCCAGAGGCCCUUGAAGGUUAUCGAACCUCUGCAGUUGGAAAGUCUCAGGCCGAGGUGGUUAAUGCUAGCAAAUCAGUUAAAAUUCUGGGGCUCUCAAAGAUAAUGGUAUUGCACUUGAUGCGAUUCAGCUACGAGGGCCAGAAAAGUACAAAAUUGCGUAAGCCUAUACACUUCCCAUUGGAGCUUGUUCUUGGGCGUGAAUUGCUUGUCUCUACUUCUGAGGGUAGAAGAUAUGAACUUGUGGCAACUAUAACUCAUCAUGGUAUGGACCCUUCAAAGGGCCACUAUACUGCAGAUGCCCGCCUUCUCAAUGGAAAGUGGCUACGAUUUGAUGAUCAAUCUGUGACAUCCAUUUCUGAUGAGGAAGUGCUGCACAAUCAAGCGUAUGUUUUAUUCUACUGGCAAUCGUAGUUGGAUGACUGGGAGAUUUUACACCUUGCUACCAGUUUAGUGGGUGAAGAAGCCCUUGUACAUGUACCUUUCAAUAUUGAGGAUGUAAAGCUGAUAUAGAUGUCAAAUUAGUUGAUAACACCAAACAGAAGUUUUUUUCAAGGAAGCCGUUGUCAUUGUUGGAUAGGUAAAAGAGCAGAGGCUGUUAGGAUGGAUGUCAUAACAUACAUUGAAGAAAGAACAUUCCAAUUUGAGGUGAGUCCGAAUAUUAGAAAUUGGUAGUUGAUGACACAUUUGACUCUCUAA